AUGACAGUACUUCAGAUAGAGUGGGCCCUACUUUGGUUCACUUACCCAUAUGUUACGAUGCUUACCGGAAUUACUGGCAAAGCCCUCUUUGCAAUUUGGAACUUCCUCUUAUAUUCCUGUCUAGCUGGAAACUUCGCUCUUAUCCCUAAUUUGGCAACCAGAGUAUUCGGACCAAAAAAUAUGGCAACUAUCUUUGGACUUAUAUUUUCCGCAAUGGCUCCAAGCAACCUUAUUCUCUCGGGUAUUUUCUCCACUUUUGAAAUAAGAUCAUAUUGGAAAGAAAUCUACUCUAUUGGGGGAUGUUUCGCCCUAAUCGGUUUAGUUCUACUGAUAUUUGUUCGAGACCCGAAUGUCAGCUGUGUUUCUUGCUUCACUCCUGCCAUGCGUGCUUGUGACUAUUUGCGUAUUCCAGACAAAGAAAAAGUCAUCCUUAAACAACUGACGGAAGCUCUAAAUGGAGGAAAAUUCAAAGAAGAUAUUGCAGCCUAA